AACUUGUCCCACAGCCGCAGGGCCCCUAAAGUCAGCCCCUACCCCGACUACUCCUCCUCCUCCUACAUCGAGGACCACGAGGGCCACAUGGUGAAGAACCUCCCCGGGGGGGGGACCUCCGUGUCGGGGACCUCCUCCGUCGGCGUCCUGGGGGGAACCAGCGGUGCCCCCGCAGGCCCAGAGAAGAACCGAAACUCCAUCAACGCCGAGCGUCAGCAGGCGCAGGCCCGUCUGCCCAGCCCGGAGAGCAGCGGAGCCAGCCUCUCCAGCAACACGGGGCUGACACCCAACACCGUCAUGACCACCAUCUCUGAGUCGGGUCAAGGGGAGGACUCAUCCGGCCCACUAGGUGGCGCUGUGCUGGGGCUGGUGGUGCCGGUGUGUCUGCAGCUGACCCAGGAGGACCUAGAGACGACCAAGCUGGACCCUAAAGAGGUCGACAAGAACCUGAAGGAGUCGUCUGAUGAGAACCUAAUGGAGCACAGCCAGAAACAGUUCUCUGCUCCAGACCCCCUCAGCUGUAGGUCUUCCUCCCUGCUCUACCCCCUCAUCAAGCUGGCUGCGGAGGUGACGGGCGCUGGGGCCGGGGCUGGGGCCCGGGGAGGGUCUGGGACCGGGGCCAGUGGGAUGGGGAUGGGGGAGCCUCCAGCUACUGUGUUCCCCCUGCCCAAACAGCAGAACCUCCCCAAGCGGCCAAGCAGCCUACCACUCAACACCAAGGACAAGCAGGGGUCUGGUUCCUCCAGGCUGAAGUCUGGGAAACACAGGUCCAACCUGAAGCAGGUAGAGAUGGGCGUGGCCAAGAUGAACACGGUUCGCCCCGGCAGCAGAGCCACGCCUUGUUAACGUUACCAACAACGGGCUAACGGCCGUGGGCAACGGGGUGCGGAGCAGCGUAGGCGUUGUGGUCAUCAACGGUUACCUGAACGUGGCCUCUUCAUCUGGAGGCGGGGCUCCUUACGGGACUACCAAUCCAGCGGGCCCUCAUGGGGAGUUGGGCGGAGCAGCGCCCCUGUUACAGACCCAGCUCAGUGGAGAGGACAGUAGACUCAACAUCAACAUCAACUCCAGUCCUGAUGAACAUGAACCGCUGCUAAGGAGAGAGCAGCCCGCCCCAUGUGACCAGAGACCAACCAAUCACCUGGCGGGACGCACCAACACCAACAACAACAACAACAACAACAGCCUGGUGAUGGGUCUGGCUAGAGGGAGCACAUGUCCAUCUGUAGAGGGACAGCCUGAACCCCUUACCGUUGUCCCCACACCUAUACCUGUCUCUGUACCUAGCACAGCCCCUCUCAAUGUCACUGCCCAACUACCAGCCCCAGCCCCAGGCUCAGCCCCCAGCCCCAGCCCCAGCCCCAGCCCCAGCCCCAGCCCUCAGCCCCAGCGGCCCUCAGACAGCCCAAACCCAGAAGACCUGAGAGGCCCUGCUCCCACUGACCUGGGUCCACCCUCUCUCUACCUCUACCAGCUCUUCUGUCUACCACCCACCUCUCCUACCUCAGUCCACCCUUCUCUCUACCUCUCCUUUACUCUCUCUGUCUCUUCUCUCUCUACCUCAGUCCACCCUUCUCUCUACCUCUCCUUACUCUCUCUGUCUCUCUCUACCUCAGUCCACCCCUUCUCUCUACCUCUUUCCUUUACUCUCUCUGUCUCUCUCUACCUCUCAGUCCACCCUUCUCUCUACCUCUCCUUUACUCUCUCUGUCUCUCUCUACCUCAGUCCACCCUUCCUCCUCUCUUCUCUCUCCUUCUACCUCUCCUUUACUCUCUCUAUCUCUCUCGUACCUCAGUCCACCCUUCUCUCUACCUCUCCUUUACUCUCUCUGUCUCUCUCUACCUCAGUCCACCCUUCUCUCUACCUCUCCUUUACUCUCUCUGUCUCUCUCUACCUCAGUCCACCCUUCUCUCUACCUCUCCUUUACUCUCUCUGUCUCUCUCUACCUCAGUCCACCCUUCUCUCUACCCUCUCCUUUACUCUCUCUGUCUCUACCUCAGUCCACCUUCUCUCUACCUCUCCUUUACUCUCUCUCUCUACUCUAACUCGCAGUCCACACCUUCUCUCUACCUCUCCUUUACUCUCUCUGUCUCUCUCUACCUCAGUCCAACCCUUCUCUACCUCUCCUUUACUCUCUCUGUCUCUUCUACCUCAGUCCACCCUUCUCUCUACUCUCUCCUUACUCUUCUCUUUCUCUCUCUACCUCAGUCCACCCUUCUCCUCUACCUCUCCUUUACUCUCUCUGUCUCUCUCUACCUCAGUCCACCCUCUCUCUACCUCUCCUUUACUCUCUCUGUCUCUCUCUACCUCAGUCCACCCUUCUCUCUACCUCUCCUUUACUCUCUCUGUCUCUCUCUACCUCAGUCCACCCUUCUCUCUACCUCUCCUUUACUCUCUCUGUCUCUCUCUACCUCAGUCCACCCUUCUCUCUACCUCUCCUUUACUCUCUCUGUCUCUCUCUGACGUAUGUUUCUCCUGCAUAGUCACAUCAGUCACAGCUGAGUGUUGAGUACGGUCCCUAGAGGAAUGUUCUAGAUGUAUUUGUAUUAAUGUGUUUGAGUGACUAUGCUGACUAAUAAAAUAAAGUGUAGACUAGAUAAUGUGAUCCAUAACAGGGCUUGGCUCCAGUAAUGCAUGGUUGUGUAUCCUUGACUGACAUAAUAGCCAGAAAGGAAGCUCAGCCGUAACACAGCAAACACUGUGUGGAUGCCAAGGCUUUGGGAAGAAAGGAAGCUCAGCCGUAACACAGCAAACACUGUGUGGAGCCAAGUUGCUCAUCGUUGGGCGGGGAAAAGGAAGCUCAGCCGUAACACAUUUUACAUUUUUACAUUUUAGUCAUUUAGUAGACGCUCUUAUCCAGAGCGACAUACAGUUAGUGCGUUCAUCUUAAGAUAGUUAAGUGUGACAACCACAUAUCACUGUCAUAGUAAGUACAUUUUUCCUUAAAGUAGCUAUCAGCAGAGUCAGAGGUAGUGAAGGGAGGGAAAAGGUGCCCUGAUCAAAACUAUACAAUAACCAAUACAACGUAAAACAAAACAGCAAUCAAUACAAAAUACAAAAUGUAUGAACCCUCAACCUUCUGGCCCACAGACCUGUGCAUUAUCAAAAUUCCUGCGUUGUCAUGUAAUGCUGACAGGACGAAGAACGGUUUCUAAAACUGCAUAUUUAAGGCUCUGGUCUGUCCAGGAAGUGAGGGUAAACGGUAGGAAGUUUCUCUGUUAUCCACUUUGUCUAAAUUAUUAUUUUGGAAUUUAGAAAGCCAGGUAACCUAUACUGAACAAAAAUAUAAACGCAACAUAUAAAGUGUUGGUCCCAUGUUUCGUGAGCUAAAAUAAAAGAUCCCAUACAUUUUCCAUAUGCACAAAAAGCUUAUUUCUCUAAAAUUUGGUGUACAAAUUAUUUUACAUCCCUGUUAGUGAGCAUUUCUCCUUUGCCAACAUAAUUACCCCCCCCCCCUUUACUAGCUCGGACUCUGCUGAUAGCUACUUUAUUGAGGAAACAUUACUAUGAUUGAUAUGUGGUGGUCCCAUCUAGCUAUCUUAAGAUGAAUGCACUAACUGGAAGUCGCUCUGGACAAGAGCAUAGCAGUGCAGUUGUGUUCUUUGUUGUGUGUCUGUGUAAAUAGCCAGUUUUUUGUGUUUUUUUGUAUUUCUUCGUACAUAUUUCCCUAUCACACUUUUCAUCCUUCUACAAAAUAUACUUUCCUGCAACCCGCCUCACUCAAUGUGGAACGGAUUCUAUUAUUGACUUACCUUUUACCUAGAAUCUCCAGUUGAUACCAGCUAGCCAGCUAACUAGGUACUUGCUAUUAGCCACCGUUAGCGGUUUUCACCCAGAACAUCGGAUUUUCUGCCGGAAUAACUGAAUCACUGGACAUUAACACCGGAUCGCAACUAGCUAGCCGCAACCGAAUUGGAUGUUGCUGUUUGGCUAAUCACCACUGCCCCUGAAGCAAGCACCAGUUAGCCUUGAGCCAGGCCCAUAUCCCGGCUAUCUACCUCUCUGUCUACCGGAUGGGAGUAGCCAGCUAACUAGCUACUUGCCAUUAGCCACCGCUAGCGGUUUCUCACCAUUGUCCGUGGCCUGCACUACCUACCAGCCAGCUCUAGCCUGGACUAUUAUCCGCCAGUCUGCACUGUCUGCACAGCGCGUUAUCGACCCAGAACAUAUCGGUUUUUCUGCCGGAAUCACUGAUUCACUGGACCUUUAACACCGGAUCAUCGUAGCUGCAAUCAAAUGGACGUUGUUGUUGGCUAAUCAGCCUCGAGCUAGCCGUGAGCCAGGCCCUUCUCCCAGCUAUCUACCUCUCUGUCAACCGGACGGGACCUCCUAGUGUUGACACGGAGCCCCGCCGAUCCAACACGACUGGUCUGCUGACGAAAUCGUCUGAUGUGAUUACAACAGGUUUCCCGUUACGACGUCGACCACGAAGAUCCAUCUGCUAGCCCCGGCCCGCUAGCACACGCUAGCCGUGGCCUCUUGCUCGCUAGUGCUUUAGCAGCCCCCGAACUACCUCCAAACUCUCCUAUUGCUGUUCACCGGACCUUAUGAUAACUCAGCUAUACAGCUGAUGCCUGCUGGACUGUUCCUUUUUACGGUACCACAUCCUGUUUAUGUUUAGCCUCAGCCCAAACUGUGUCGCCAUUACCAGCUGUUGUCUUAGCUCUCUCGAAUAACACCUGUGAUUGCUUUAUGCCUCUCUCCCAUGUCAAUAUGCUUUGCUUAUUGCUGUUUCGGUUAUUUCUUAUUGUACUAUUUCACUGUAGAUCCCCCAGCCCAGCUCAACCUGCCUUAGAUAGCUCCUUUGUCCCACCCCCCAUACACGCGGAGACCGACUCAAUCGGUGCCUCCAGUGAUGCUAUCUCUUUCAUUGUUACCCAAUGCUUAGGUUUACCUCCACUGUACUCAUAUCCUUCCAUAUCCUUGUCUGUACAUAAUGCCCUGAAUCUAUUCUACAACGCCCGGAAAUCUGUCCCUUUUUUUCUCUGUACCCAACGCACUAGAAGACCAGUUCUUAAAGCCUUUAGCCGUAUCCUUAUUCUACUCCUCCUGUGUUCCUCUGGUGAUGUAGAGGUUAACCCAGGCCCUGUAGCCCCCAGUAUCACUCCUAUUCCCCAGGCGUUAUCAUUUGUUGACUUCUGUAACCGUAAAAGCCUUGGUUUCUUGCACGUUAACAUCCGAAGCCUCCUCCCUAAGUUUGAGUUAUUCACUGCGUUAGCACACUCUGCCAACCCUGAUGUCCUAGCAGUGUCUGAAUCCUGGCUUAGGAAGGCCACCAAAGAUUCAGAAAUUUCCAUCCCCAACUACAACAUUUUCCAUCUCGAUAGAACUGCCAAAGGGGGUGGGUUGCAAUCUACUGUAGAGAUAGCCUGCAGAGCUCUAUCGUACUAUCCAGGUCAGUGCCCAAACAGUUUGAGCUUCUACUUCUAAAAAUCCACCUUUCCAGAAAUAAGUCUCUCACUGUUGCCGCUUGCUACAGACCCCCCUCAGCCCCGAGCUGUUUUCUGGACACCAUAUGUGAACUGAUUGCCCCCCAUCUAUCCUCAGAGUUCGUACUGCUUGGUGACCUAAACUGGGAUAUGCUGAACACCCCGGCCAACCUACAAUAUAAACUAGAUGCCCUCAAUCUCACACAAAUUAUCAACGAACCUACCAGGUACAACCCUAAAUCUGUAAACAUGGGCACCCUCAUAGAUAUCAUCCUGACAAAUUUACCCUCUAAAUACACCUCCGCUGUCUUCAACCAGGAUCUCAGCGAUCACUGCCUUAUUGCCUGUGUCCGUAAUGGGUCCGCGGUCAAACGACCACCCCUCAUCACUGUCAAACGCUCCCUAAAACACUUUAGCGAGCAGGCCUUUCUAAUUGACCUGGCCCGGGUAUCCUGGAUGGAUAUUGACCUCAUUCCGUCAGUAGAGGAUGCCUGGUUGUUCUUUAAAAGUGCUUUCCUCUCAAUCUUAAAUAAGCAUGCCCCAUUCAAAAAAUUCAGAACUAAGAACAGAUAUAGCCCCUGGUUCUCCUCAGACUUGACUGCCCUUGACCAGCACAAAAACCUCCUGUGGCAUACUGCAUUAGCAUCGAACAGUCCCCGCGAUAUGCAACUUUUCAGGGAAGUCAGGAACCAAUAUACACAAUCAGUUAGGAAAGCAAAGGCUAGCUUUUUCAAACAGAAAUUUGCAUCAUGUAGCAGGGACACUGUAAAGUCCAUGGAAAAUAAUAGCACCUCCUCCCAACUGCCCACUGCACUGAGGCUAGGAAACACUGUCACCACCGAUAAAUCUACAAUAAUCGAGAAUUUUAACAAGCAUUUUGCUACGGCUGGCCAUGCUUUCCACCUGGCUACCACUACCCCGGCCACCAGCUCUGCACCCUCCGCUGCAACCCUCACACAAAUUCAGACAGCUGAUGUUCUGAAAGAGCUGAAAAGUCUGGGCCCCUACAAAUCAGCUGGGCUAGACAAUCUGGACCCUUUCUUUCUAGAAUUAGCCGCCGAAAUUGUUGCAACCCUUAUUUCUAGCCUGUUCAACCUCUCUUUCGUAACGUCUGAGAUCCCCAGAGAUUGGAAAGCUGCCGCGGUCAUCCCCCUCUUCAAAGGGGGUGACACUCUAGAUCCAAACUGUUACAGACCUAUAUCCAUCCUGCCCUGCCUUUCGAAAGUUUUUGAAAGCCAGGUUAACAAACAGAUCACCGACCAUUUCGAAUCCCACCGUACCUUCUCCGCUAUGCAAUCCGGUUUCCGAGCUGGUCAUGGGUGCACCUCAGCCACGCUCAAGGUCCUAAACGAUAUUAGAACCGCGAUCGAUAAAAGACAGUACUGCGCAGUCGUCUUCAUCGACCUGGCCAAGGCUUUCGACUCUGUCAACCACCGCAUUCUUAUUGGCAGACUAAAUAGCCUUGGUUUCUCAAAUGACUGCCUCGCCUGGUUCACCAACUACUUCUCAGAUAGAAUUCAGUGUGUCAAAUCGGAGGGCCUGUUGUCUGGACCUCUGGCAGUCUCUAUGGGGGUGCCACAGGGUUCAAUUCUCGGGCCGACUCUAUUCUCUGUGUAUAUCAAUGAUGUCGCUUUUGCUGCUGGUGAAGCUCGGAUCCACCUCUAUGCGGACGACACCAUUUUGUAUACAUCUGGCCCUUCAUUGGACACUGUGUUAACAAACCAAACGAGCUUCAACGCCAUACAACACUCCUUCCGUAGCCUCCAACAGCUCUUAAACACUAGUAAAACAAAAUGCAUGCUCUUCAACCGAACACUGCUUGCACCCGCCCACCCGACUAGAAUCACUACUCUCGGCGGGUCUGACCUAGAGUAUCUGGACAACUACAAAUACCUAGGUGUCUGGUUAGACUGUAAACUCUCCUUCCAGACUCACAUUAAGCAUCUCCAAUCAUAAGUUAGAUCUAGAAUCGGCUUCCUAUUUCGCAACAAAGCCUCCUUCAUUCAUGCUGCCAAACAUGCCCUCGUAAAACUGACUAUCCUACCGAUCCUUGACUUCGGCGAUGUCAUUUACAAAAUAGCCUCCAACACUCGACUCAGCAAAUUGGAUGUAGUCUAUCACAGUGCCAUCGGUUUUGUCACCAAAGCCCCAUAUACUACCCACCAUUGUGACCUGUACGCUCUUGUUGGCUGGCCCUCACUACAUAUUCGUCGCCAAACCCACUGGCUCCAGGUCAUCUAUAAAUCACUGCUAGGCAAAUCCCCGUCUUACCUUAGCUCACUGGUCAUCAUAGCAACACCCACCCGUAGUAAUGCGCUCCAGCAGGUAUAUCUCACUGGUCAUCCCCAAAGCCAACACCUCCUUUGGCCGCCAUUCCUUCCAGUUCUCUGCUGCCAAUGACUGGAACGAACUGCAAAAAUCUCUGAAGCUGGAGACUCUUAUCUCCCUCACUAACUUUAAGCAUCAGUUGUCAGAGCAGCUUACCGAUCACUGCACCUGUACACAGCCAUUCUGAAAUUAGCCCACCCAACUACCUCAUCCCCAUAUUGUUAUUUAUUUUGCUCAUUUGCAACCCAGUAUCUCUAUUUGCACAUCAUCUCUUGCACAUCUAGCAUUCCAGUGUUAAUACUAAAUUGUAAUUAUUUUGCACUAUGGUCUAUUUAUUGCCUUACCUCCAUAACUUGCUACAUUUGCACACACUGUAUAUAUAUAUUUUCUGUUGUAUUUUUGACUUUAUGUUUUGUUUUACCCCAUAUGUAACUCUGUGUUGUUGUUUUUAUCGCACUGCUUUGCUUUGUCUUGGCCAGGUCGCAGUUGUAAAUGAGAACUUGUUCUCAACUGGCUUACCUGGUUAAAUAAACGUGAAAUAAAAUAAAAAAUAACAUCUGCUAAAUGACUCAAAUGUAAAACAUUUAACAAUCUUGAUCAGUGUUUGUGACUCAGGUUUGUCUGUCUCCUCCCAGGUGAUGGCUCGUCACUGGACGGCCAGGGAGGGUCAGGUGAGAAGAUCAAGCGUCGUGUCAAGACACCGUACUGCCUGAAGAGGUGGCGUCCCUCCAGCUGGGUGGUUUCCACGGAUACGCAGGGCAGAGAGGUAAACAACAACGGAACUGCCGUCUACCUGGUGGGGGGCGGGGCUACCGCCGCUGCCGCUACCAUGACCUGCCUGUGA